AAAUCGUGCGCAAUGUACCUACACACUAUUUAGAGCCGCUGUCCGAUGAAGAUUGUUGGUCGUUGAUUUUAAAACAUGCUUUGGGAGACAGUAACAUCGUUGAACAUUCAAACAUUCGAGAAACUGAUAGGGAAACUGCAAUACGUAAGUGCAAUGGGUUGCCUUUAAUUGCACGAGCACUAGGGGGUCUCUUACGAGGCACAACUUCUGGUUCUGAGGAAUGGCAUCACAUAUUACAUACCAAUAUUUGGGAGCUACCCUCCAUUGCUCGCAUUCUCCCAGUUUGUUUACUACAACAAUUAAGGCAGAAGGGGAGAGGAUCACAUCAAAAACGCCACUCUGCUAGGACAGAGGCAAAUUCAGCAGAGUGGAUCUUUUUAGUCACUAGCCUUUGCAUGGAGAUUUUAUCAGCUGCUUUUGAUCAGGCUUCGUCCCCAAGAAGGCCGGGGUAUGCGCUGUUUGGAAUGCUAUUGGCUAUUGCAGCUCUACUCACUUGCAUAUGUGAGCUGAUUUACAAGGGUAGGAAAAAUAAUGUGGUUUGGAGGAAGAGGGGAUGUUACAUGCUUUUUGGUUCUGUCAUUGAACUUUUUGGUUUAGUCGGAGGCAUCACUCAGUGUGUUUGCUCGAUAGUUCAAUACGUUUGUUACAUCCGGCGCACUGAUAAUCCUAUCAAACUGUCCCUUUUGCCUGCCAUCUUUCUCAUAUGUUUGAUUGCUACAAGAUUAAGUAGGAAAGCAAUGCAGACCACAGAUGAGACCGGUGAACAUACAGCUUAGACAAAGACUGAUUGGUAAAGACAUGCUACCUAGAAUUAAGCCGAAGUAUGAAUGACGAUUAUCUGUAAAUAUAUAGAGGUCUCAUCAGGUGAUGUCUCUGCAAAUGUCUCUAAUCUCAGUACUUGCUUCAAAUAAAACAAGCCACAUUUAAGUGACAAAGAUGGAGUAUUAUUCGCAGAGUUCUGCAAAUAUUGCACUAAGUCUUUGUCUGAUUUUUUGAUAGCUAAAGCUGCAGAUGACUACAUGACAGAGAGACGUACUUAAAAUGUUACAACCUUCGGUAAAUCUGGUGAAGCUGACCAUCAAAUUUUAUGGUGGAACCAGCUUUCCAGAUUGGUUGGGAGACUCUUCCUUCUCCAACAUACAAGUCAUGCAUCUCAGCGAUUGCAGUACUUGUUUGUCGUUGCCACCAGUUGGGCGGCUUCCUGCUCUCAAAGAGCUAUAUAUAGAAAGGAUGAAAUCUAUCAAGAGUAUUGGUGUUGAGUUCUACAGGGGUAAUGGAGCUUCUUUAAUUCAGCCAUUUCAAUCUCUCAAGAAGCUGGAGUUCAAUAGAUGCCGGAGUUGGAGGAAUGGCUACCUUGCCAAGCUUUGGUCGCCGGAGAGGCUUCUCUCUCAGCUUCCAUCCAGCAGCUCUGCAAACGGAUUGAUUCGCGCGAAAUCAGGGACAUGUUUGGGCCAAAGAAGCUUGAAAAGUCACUCCUGAAGAAGAAAUUCAAGCUGACGUUGUUAACCCUUGAUGCAGUGCUCGAUGACGCACACCAGAAGGAGUUUGAGAUCCCUUCCAUCGGAAACUGGCUUGAUGAAUUGAGAGAAGCGGUCUAUGAUGCGGGGGUCCUUCUGGAUGAGAUCGAAGCUGAAGCUUUGGGGCUUAAGAUGGCAGCAGAAGAUCAGUCCGUUGUAACUCAGGUGUGGAACUUCCUCUCUGUGCCUUUCAGUCGUUUUGACCAACGCUUGAAUGAUAGGAGGAUAAAGGAGUUAUAUCAUAGAUUAAAAUUCCUUGCAAACGAAAAGGACAUUCUUGGUCUUCAAAAAGGUGUUCGGAAGGUUUCACAAAUGCCAACAACUUGUUUGGUUGAUAAAUCUUUUGUAGUUGGUAGAGAUGAUGAUAAAGAAGAGUUGAUAAGACUGUUGAUCUCUGAUGCCGAAGGCAGGAAUAAUGUUUCUGUCAUUACUAUAGUAGGAAUGGCCGGGAUUGGUAAGACAACACUUGCUCAACUCGUUUACAACGAUGAAAGAGUGAAAGAGCAUUUUGAUAUUCAAGCUUGGGUUUGCGUUUCCGAAGAUUUUGAUGCUGUUAGGGUCACUAAAACCCUGCUCGAGUCAAUCACUUCGACUGUUUGUGACAUUACCGAUCUAAAUUUUGUUCAGGUCCAGCUAAAACACCAAGUGAGGGGAAAGAGAUUCUUAUUUGUGUUGGACGACCUCUGGAAUGAGAACUAUCAUGAUUGGAAUCUCCUGCAAGUUCCUUUUCUCUAUGCGGCAGGGGGAAGUAAGGUCGUGAUAACAACGCGGAGUGAAACAGUUGCUUCAAUCGUGCGCAAUGUACCUACUCACUACUUAGAGCCGCUGUCCGAUGAAGAUUGUUGGUCGUUGAUUUUAAAACAUGCUUUGGGAGACAGUAACCCCACUGAACAUUCAAACAUUCGAGAAACUGAUAGGGAAACUGCAAUUCGCAAGUGCAAUGGUUUGCCUUUAAUUGCACGAGCACUAGGGGGUCUCUUACGAAGCACAACUUCUGGUUCUGAGGAAUGGCAUCACAUAUUACAUACCAAUAUUUGGGAGCUACCCUCCAUUGCUGGCAUUCUCCCAAUUUGUUUACUACAACAAUUAAGGCAGAAGGGGAGAGAAUCACAUCAAAAACGCCGCUCCGCUAGGACAGAGGCAAAUUCAGCAGAGUGGAUAUUUUUAGUCACUAGCCUUUGCAUGGAGAUUUUAUCAGCUGCUUUUGAUCAGGCUUCGUCCCCAAGAAGGCCGGGGUAUGCCCUGUUCGGAAUGCUCUUCGCUAUUGCAGCUCUACUCACUUGCAUAUGGGAGCUGAUUUACAAAGGCAGGAAACAUAACGUGGUGCGGAGGAAGAUGGGAUGUUACAUGCUUUUUGGUUCUGCCAAUGAAAUUUUUGGGUUACUCGGAGGCAUCGCUCAGUGUGUUUGCUCGAUAGUUCAAUACUUUUAUUACAUUCGGCGCGCUGAUAAUCCUAUCAAACUGUCCCUUUUGCCUGCCAUCUUUCUCAUAUGUUUGAUUGCUACAAGAUUAAGUAGGAAACGAAUGCAGACCACAGAUGAGACCGGUGAACAUACAGCUUAGACAAAGACUGAUUGGUAAAGAUGGGCUCGUUUGUUUGUAGCCUAAUCAGGUUCCAGAAGAUGAUAAAAGUUUAAGGAUUUUACGUGCAACCUAGAAUUAUGCCGAAGUAUGAACGAUAAUAUAUUCAUAGUUCUAGAUUGGAAGGAAAAGAUACGAGCAUAAAAAUAUAUAUAGGUCUUAUCAAGUUUUGUCUAUGCAAAUUUCUCUAUCUUUUCACAAGACAUUUGUGUUUAAUGUGUACAAAUAUUAGAGUAAUAAUCUCAGUACUUACGACAAAUUAAACAAUACGCAUUUAAGUAACAAAGAUGGAGGAUUAUUUCAUAUUGAGUUCUGCAAA